CAAGGAAAGAUACAAGGAAAGAUAUGAAGGGAGAGGGAGUAACACGAAACUGGUAAAUCCAUAUCACAAUGCACCUGUCCAUGUACACUGCUCAGGUAGCCUUUGCCAGCUGCCUGGUCUUGCUUUCCUUCCUUGGCAACGUUUCUUUGGUAGUCAUUUUCAAGCUAUCAUCGAAAAAACUAAUAUGCCCAUUCUCUGUCAGUAGUAUAAUAUUUGACACAAUGGUAGUUCUGAGUGGUCCGUUCAUGUUUGUUUUAUCCAUCAUCUCCAAACAAUCCUGGUUUACUGAAGACUCCAAGGUCUGUUACGCUGUUGAGAUUUGGCAAAGCUACUCUAUUUCUGGUUCUUUGUUGGCAUGGAUGCUCCUUGGUUGCAAACACAGAAAAAUAACAACUGAGACCGCGGUGCAGCCAAAGUAUUGGACACGCACCUCAAUUCUAUGUUCGUGGAUUGUUCCCAUAGUCCCCUGCUGUUACACUUUAUUUUUGAGAAGUGCGAAAAAUGAGCGAAUUCCAUGGAGCAUUAACUGUCUAACAUCCACAGAUGCUGCCCAACAAGUUUAUCUGAACCAUCCAAUUUUGGACGCAGUCAAUAUCUUUCUAGCAGUUUCCAUUUGUACAGUGACUGCAAGACUUGCUUAUUUAGGUCGAAAAGUCAGUCGCAGGAAGUACGAAGUGCACUUUGAAUGGAAACGACACAAACAGUUCAUUCGUGUAAACAGUCCAGAGUGUUCCACAGUUAAUUUUUCUGAAUCAUCAAGCUUCGGAAGUAUGGACAGGCGGUACUCAAUUGCAAGCAGCAACUCUUUGAACACGAAAGUAUCCUUCGUAAUUCCAACGAAGCAUUUUAUACCACYUAUGAGAAAKCAGCAGAAUUAUUCAACUACAACUGAGAAUAACGAGGUUUUUGGCGAAGAAACUGCAAAGAAGAUACCAGAAGAYAUGGAUCAGGACAUUGAURUGCAGCCAAGAUGCCGCCAUAAUGCUAACUCGUCAAUUACAGAAAACCCUCCAAAUGAAUUCACAGUACAGACGCCCUCCGAGCCACAAAGCCCUGAAAUUCAACGUAAUGAUGAAAUGGACAAUUCGAAGAAAGAGCAUUUUCUAGGUUGKGAACACGGAAUUGUGGGGUCCCCACUAUCUGUCRGUGACAUGAGACAAUAUGCAAGCCCGAGAAUGUCUCCAGUUUACGMYUCGCCUACAAACACCCUGAGUUUCCACGAUAUAAAAAAGCUUAACACCACCAAGUGGUUGUUCACUAAUYCACGUUCGCUGGARUUCGAGAAGACGGACCGUGAAUCUCAAGAUAUCAGGUGCCUUAUUUUAGUUACAGCGUGCUUAUCGCUUAUUGGCUGGCUUUGGUUGGGCGUGUCGUUUGCUACGAUGAAUGCAUUUGAUGGCAUUCCCGAGGAGCUUUGGUUAACAAGUACUUGGAUGAUUUAUCUUAGGUUCCCAUUCUCCGCCUUUCUCUUCACGGCUCAUUUUGCUGAGGAGUGGCUGUUAAUGUCUAGAGCAGCAUGGUUUCGACUGGGAAAGACGGCACCAUUUGAGCUGUCAACUGACAUCGAAAAUUCUUUAAAAGUUGCUGAUCCAAGAGCAGUCGAACUGAAAAAGCUGUCUAUUUUUGUACGUUAACUUAGAAUGUGAGGUGAUCGAUCGCGUAGUACUAAACAAAUGUAAAUAGAGUGUUAUGUAGGGGACAUUAUAUUCUUGGACUAUUACAACGCCGUAUUUAAUAGUAUUCUCCACGGUUCCCUGCGCCAUCUUGAAAGGUAGCCGUGCCUUUGCAUCGAAGCGAGACGAGCGUUGAGCGUGAAAAAACUUCUUUCUCACCUACAGACAAUUAUUCACAGGUAUCUAUCAUUGCACACUCAACGGUUGUCUCGCUUCGAUGCAAAGACAGUUCGAUUCCUGAUCCAAAAUCCCUAGUAAUUUGGCCUUGUAAGCUGGUUCUCUCUCUUGAUCUAAUAGGGUUUCUCCAUGUUAAGCUAUGUUACGGCUGAUUAUGUGCCCUGCAUUCAUAUCAAGCUCCAUUCCGACGCAAAAUACUUAGUAGAACGGCAAGCACUUUUUUCGAGCGUUUGUUCAUCGAUAUGACUAUAAAAUCUAGUAAGAAUUCAAAAAUGAUGAUGAUGAAAUAGAAAGCAGUGGGUGUAAAGCUAUCAAAAGUCUACUGUAAUG